AUGUCAGCGGAAGAAGGUCUACAUCAUUCUGCCAUUGCCCUGAUAAAAAGACAUUUGGAGGACAAUCUGCAAGAAUUGCAACGAUUGGGUCUGUCCGAAUCCACACCAAUCGAAGAACUGGCCGCCAUGUUGGCCCAGAUUCGACUUCGUCUGAAGGAACUUUCCCCCAGUGACUACAAUGAACACGCGUUGGACCUGGAAUUGGGCACUGCGGACGGUGCCAUGGCGGCAAUGCAUAACAAUCUGGAGGGUCAUACAUGUGGCGGUGCCCUGAUCAGUCCGUGAGAAGUUUGGAACCCGUCACUGACCGCCUCAGCCGAUCGAUGGGUUGCCGUGUUGGGAGAACAUCACCUGAAAGAAAAUGAUCAACAUGAGGUCGCUUACGCUAUCUCGAAAAUUAUACUGUUUCCUGACCCAGAACCAAUCACAGAUGCUCUCCGUCCGGGUAUCGUUCAAAAUGACAUUGCCCUGGUCAAAUUGGCCCAACCGGCUCAGCUGGACCAGUAUGUUCAAAUCGGUUGCCUACCCUAUCCGAAUGAGGUAUUCAAAGCGGGUCAACGAUGUUCGGUAGCCGGCUGGGGUGUCACCGAAGAGGAGAGAAGCUACGCUCGAGCAUCGCAGGCAGUUCGUCUCAUUCCACGCGAAAUGGAAGGAUCGGAUUUCCGUGACAAGCAAUAUGCCACACCGAAAUGUAUCACACUGUCGGUGGAGGAAUUGAAUUUGUAA